GACAUGAAUGACGGAAAAACGGAGAAACUCAAACUGAAACAAGAGUUGGGUUUGGCAAGUGCUGUGUCCCUUAUUGGUGGCACCAUGAUUGGGUCUGGGAUCUUCAUGUCUCCUCAGUCUGUGCUGUCCAACAUUGGAAGCCCAGGCGCAAGCCUUGUGAUCUGGAUGUUGUGUGGUUUGAUAGCUAUGCUGGGGGCACUUUCCUACGCUGAGCUUGGAACCAUCAUCAAGGAGUCUGGAGGAGAUUUCAUCUACAUCCUACGCAUCUAUGGCAAACUGCCAGCCUUCUUUGUGGCAUUCACCUUCUUGUUGGUCAUGAGGCCAGCCAGCAUUGCAGCAAUGUCCUUAAGCUUUGCAGAGUACGCUGUUGCUCCCAUCUACCAGGACUGCACCCCGCCUCUGCUAGUGGUCAAGUGUAUUGCUGCCAUAUGCAUACUAGUGGUGUCAAUAGCUAACAUUCUGAAUGUCCGCCUCACAAUGUCCAUCCAGGUGGUCUUCAUGGUUGCGAAAGUGUUGGGCCUCCUGGUCAUAGUUUUUGGAGGAAUAGUGGUACUUGCAGAUGGCCCCUCUGGAGGCAUCAAUAAUGCUUUUGAAGGCACACGUUUGGGACUGAAUCCCAUAGGUAUGGCCUUUUACCAGGGUCUCUGGUCCUUUGCUGGGUGGUACAAUUUGAACUAUGUGACUGAGGAGGUCAAAAAACCAGAGGUGAAUCUGCCCAGAGCAGUGAUGAUUGCCAUCCCCAUGGUGACAGUGCUUUAUCUGCUGGUCAACGUGAGCUACCUGGCUGCCCUGACACCCCGGGAAAUGAUGUCAUCCACUGCUGUAGCUGUCACCUGGGGGAACAAGGUCCUGGGAAGCUGGGGAUGGGUAAUGUCUGUGGCUGCGGCAAUGUCUGCUUUUGGGUCCUUGAACGGGACGUUCUUCAGUGGUGGGCGAGUGUGCUUUGUGGCAGCCAGAGAAGGCCACAUGCCUGAUAUCCUGUCUAUGGCUCAUGUUCGGCAUCUAACCCCGUCACCAGCUCUCAUCUUCACCACAGCCAUCUCCCUUAUAGUGCUGAUCCCUGGAGACUUCCAGAGUAUUGUCAACUUCUUCAGUUUUACUGCAUGGUUUUUCUAUGGAAUUACUCUCUCUGGACUUCUCUACCUUAAAAUAAAGAAGCCAGAACUUCCCAGGCCUUACAAGGUUCCAAUUCUCAUUCCCAUCCUGGUCCUUAUGGCCGCCAUCUUCCUGGUCUUGGCACCCAUCGUUGAUGACCCCCAGAUCGAGUAUCUGUAUGUCACCCUUUUCAUCCUCAGCGGCAUCGUGAUCUACAUACCCUUCAUCCACUUCAAGAUGUGCCCUGGGAUACUGGACAAAGUCACACUCUUCCUUCAGCUCUUUCUUGAGGUUGCUCCAACCCAAAAGAACUUAUGA